CAUAUCAAGAUGUAUGGGUAUAGUAGAGUUUUGGAGCCACUGAUAAAAGAUAUUGAAUAUCUAGAAACAGUUGGUGUGUAUGUUGAGAAACUUGCUUGUAAUGUUAAAGGGACCAUCUUGUAUGUGGCUGCAGAUAAUUUGGCUGCACACUCCUUAGGUGGAUUCCAAGAAUCCUUUAAUGUGGACAAGUUUUGUAGGUUUUGUCUGGUUAAUCGUGAAGAAAUACAGGCUUGUGAUGUCAGAAGUGGUAACUUUGUUUUACAAUCACCAGAGUUGUAUGAUAGAGCUGUAAAUGUGUUGAAGCAGAGUGAAGUUGUGUCUGUGGAUGGUGUGAAACGAGACUGUCCUCUUAACAGAUUGAAAGGUUUUCAUGCAUGCCAAGGCUUUCCACUUGAUUUUUUACAUGAUGUGCUGGAAGGCAUUAUACCCAUAGAGCUAAGUCUGUGCCUUGCAGAUUUUAUUUCUAAGAAGUAUUUCACAUUGGAUGAGCUUAAUAAGGAAAUAGAAGGCUUUCCUUUUAAAUUCUCUGACAAGACAAACCGCCCUCAGAAAGUUUCAUCAACUUUCCAACGGAACAAGACUCUAGGUGGUAAUGGACAUGAAAAUUGGAGUCUUGUGCGUUUCCUUCCCCUCAUCAUCGGUCACAGUAUUCCAGAAGGUGAUCAAACAUGGGAAUUAGUUUUAGAGCUCAAAGACUUGGUGGAGUUAUUGGCGACCCCAUAUUUCACUCCAGAUUCACUUUGUUAUUUACAAUCUAAAAUAUCAGACCACAGACAAUUGUUGCUGACAGUUUUCCCAAAUAACAAGUUGCGCCCCAAACAUCACUUUAUUGAGCAUUACCCAUAUUUCAUUCAGAAGUUUGGACCUCCAGUUGAGUGUUGGACAAUCAAGUUUGAGGCCAAACAUUCUUUCUUUAAAAAGGUUGUGCGUGAUGCCAACAAUUUCAAAAACAUUCUGCUUACCCUGGCUUCAAGACAUCAACUUAUGUUGGCACAUUAUCUUGAAAUGCCAAGCCUUUUCAAGCCUGAGACUGAGACUGCAAAGGUGUCUGAUGUGUGCCUGGAUGUCUUAGACACUGCUGUCAGACAAGCUAUCUGGAAUAGAUUUGGUGAUGUUGGCACAGUUGGACUGACUCCUAACAUCUUUCUGAAUGGAACAAAGUAUUCAAAGGGAAUGAUUCUGUCUGCAGGGAGCACAAGUGGACUACCAGACUUUGGAAGGAUUUUGGAAAUAUGCAUUGUGUUGGCUAAUCACGUUUGCUUCAUCAUUGAACCUUUUACAACUUACUAUAUGGAGCAUCUGCGGAGUUACCAUCUUGUGAGGAAAAAUCCUACUGGAUGUCAGUUGGUGAAACCAGAUGAUCUCAAUGACUACAUUCCACUGGUGUCAUACUUCAUUCAGGGCUGCCUUUUGGUCACUCCAAAGACAUUCUUGCUGAAAUAAAUCUGCUGUAUAACUGGUCUACAAUGCUGCUGCGUAUCAUCGUAUCAGAAAAUGACAUCAGACGUCUUUCAAUUGAAGACGUCCCAUCUAGUGUUGAGGAGCUGUACCAGGUGUUGCGAACAAAGCUUGGCCUGAGAGGUGGAUUUAUUUUGCAAUUUGAGGAUCCUGAUUUCAAUAAUCAGUUGUGCAACCUAACAGACAUCAAAGAACUUCCUCUGGGGAGGGCAACAUUAAAAGUGUUGUUUACAGCUGAUGACAUCACAGAUUCUACACUGGACACAUGCAGCCUCCCUUGUCUUAGUAGUGGGGAUUCUGUUGACUGGCCUGACCCCUUCCCGAUUCCACAGUUCUCACAUGAUGUUGAACUCCAGCUGAAAGAAGCUAAUUGUAGGUAUGCUAAGGAUGGAUCUGUGAUGGUGAUUUCCAAAGGUUUAAAGACUGAUAUCCUUGACACACUGGCAGACUGUAUGUCAAAGAUAAGUGCUUAUCCUGAAAGACAUCACUAUGAGAAUGUAGCCAAAGCACUUGUGGAGAAGCAUCCCAGUCUGAAGGAGCCAGGGUCUGGAAAGGGAUGGUACUCAUGGUUUCACAGCCUGAAGUUCAAGCUUGGAAACUAUCGUCAAAAGUUAAGUGCAGCAGGAUGCCCUGAGGUGGUAAUAAACAAAAGAAAAGCAGGGGGUUCGAAAGGAAAAUGUGUGAAGAAGUCAAAGAAGGGUGAGGUCCACUACUGUCCAGAUCCACCUGAAGGACAGAGUGCUGAAAACAUGGAGGAGAAGCGCAAGAUGAUGGAGGCUGAAAUGCUGAAGAGAGACCCGGAUCAUCAGCUGAUAGAAGACCUGAUGGUUGCUACAUUUUCUCAGCGCAGAAAAGAGAUAAUUGGAGAUCAGCCACUCAUCACAGAAGUCAUUUCCAGAUGGCCAGCACUGCUCCAUGAGAGACAGAUUAGGGCAGAGUUCAAGAGAAUUGUCACCACAGACCUUGUGGAAACUUUUCUCGAUGGACUUGAUGGCCUGGUCCCAAGACUGCUGGAGUUGUACAAAGCAGCAACCAAGUCUAGAAAGAAGCAAUCACUCAAGGACAUUUUGGACUGCCUUCAGAAAGAUGACACAAAUGAGAGGAGGAGGACUGCUGCUUUGCUUGGUCUGCCGCACUACAUGUCAGGCGAAGAUCCAUCAACUGUCAUCAGGAUGUGUAAUGCUCAUGGAGAGACUCUGGAUGAAGCCAUGAAGGGGAUGCAACUUGGCCUACUGAUAGGCUAUGAAGAUGCAGAGCGGGAUGCCUUUCCAAAGGAGAUCUUCAACAUCGCAGUUGUAGUUGAGGAGAAAAUUGUACUUCACAACAUUAAAGAUGUGGCAUGGAGCUAUGCCAUGCUUAUGGGUGUCAUUUACUGUGUCAAUCUCGAGUACCCAGAAGCCAUGAAGUAUUCUUUUGAGUUCUCCAGAGAGUGGUGAUGAAGAUAAAACCAGAUCAAGCAUCUACCAGAGUACAUGGGCUAAGAAACAGAAUCCUGAGGUACAGAUUGUAACACCUCUCUUUUUUUUCUGAAGUUUCUCAUAUAGAAAGCGUUUCUGUCAAAAUGCAUUGUAUUUUAUACACUUAAACAUUUAGCGCUAUUCUGUUAAAAAAAAAACAAGUUCAUUUUGGACAAGUUAAAAAAAGUUAAAAAAGAACACUUAACUUUAUUUUAUUGGACUCAACUGUUCAGCGUUGUGAUGUUAAAAGGGGAGAACUUAAGGCACCAUAAACCGGCCUCGAGAUUUUGUAUCCUAUUCAAUCGAAUGGGACUUUAGGAGGAGUUUUGUGCAUUGGUUUUUAUUCUCGUUAUUACUACUUCACAGUGUUGCAGAAUUCCAGACUACUUUUGCUGUCUUUUUUUGUUUUGUACACUAAGUUAACUUUAAGCACAGACUGCCAGCAUUUAAGGGACUGAUAUUGGCCCAGUUCAUUUUGUUGGACUGAUGAUGUGAUUGUCUCACCUGUUUUCUGCUCAGGCAGACAAUUUUUAUUCAACAUAGACUGCAUGUUUAAUAAAUGUUAAAUGCCUUAUUUUAUGCAAACAGCAGUCUCAGGAUUUAAAGCACGGUUAUAGACCAACUUCAUUUUGGACUGAUUAGAGCUGAUGGUCUCAAAUGUUCUGUCCCCAGGCAGGUUUUUUUUUCUUUAUUACAUGCUUUUGAAUCUUAAAUGUGAACAAUCCAAGGAUUUAUAGAAUCUAAUUUUGAUUGAAUGCUUGUGGUAAAAGUUUGUUGGGUCGACUUCUCUCUGCUUAGGCAACUGUGUGAUGUUAACUUGUUUAAUGAGGUUUGAUGCACACAGGUCCUUAAUGGGAUACUCACAGAUGUGGAAAAAAUGUUGGUACCCUUAUGUUAAGAGUAGUGUUUCCUUUAGGAUUUUUUUUUGUAGCAGUGGGGGCAGGUCUGUGCCGCUGACAGGGCUUGGAGUGGAGCCGCACUUCCACGAUGGCGUGGUGAGGGUCCCUGCAUGUUGGAUGAAAGCAUUUUUUUUUUGACAGUUUAUUGGUGCCGUGGCAGUGGAGGUUUUGCCGUGGCAGUGGAGGUUUUGCCGUGGCGGGCCAACAGGGUCAGCAUAGACGAAGGUGGAGGUGGCUACAAUAGGAAAAUUGAUGACAAAUUGCUGAGAUUGAUUAUCCUUACUCUUUGGUUAUCAUUCGUAUUAUCAGUCUCUUUGAUUUAUCAUCAAUUUUCCUCUUCUCCCUAUGAUCAAAUUAUUUCCAAAUUCAGAAGCAAUGUCUGAUUUUCAUCAGUUAAUUUUUAUUUAUUAUUACUUUGUCAGUUUCAAGUGAUUUCAGAGAUUGUUGUGGGUUUUUCUCUUAACGGAAGGGUACCAGCAAUUUUGUCCAUGUCUAUGUAAUUUUGAAUCUGGGCCCUAUUUCACCACAUUAGACAACUACAGAUAAUAAUUUCACAAAGUAUGUCUUCUAAGAUAAAUAUUUUAUUUACAUUGACUUUCAGGCUUGUCUCAUCAUUCAUGUACAAGUGUAUUUGAA